AUGAAGGUCGCGACAAUACUCCAGCGGCUUUCAGGAGCCUCACCAAGGCUUUAUAGGAACGGCCGUCUUUCUCCUUUCUCAUCUUUUUCCUCGCAAGGCCAAUCGUUCCCAAUAUCCACCCGGAGUCUCGCAGAACAUGACAAGUUCUUCCAAUACACCAGCGGCCGCUGGGUUUGGGACGAAGAGAAGCAACUUAAGGAUCGAUUUGCGCCUUUCAAUGUGAUGGAACUCCAGCGCAUCGCAGCUGAAAGCAUUGGAGCAAAUAAAUGCAUUUCUAUGACGAAGCUGGCUGAAGGCUCUUAUAACAAGACUUUUUAUCUUAUAAUGGACAACGGGUCUACUGUUAUUGCAAGGAUACCUCAUCCUAUUGCCGGACCCAAAUAUUAUACCACAGCAUCAGAGGUGGCGACAAUGGACUUUGCCCGUACUGUUCUCCAGAUACCUGUGCCGCGGGUUCAUGCAUGGAGUGCACGCGUUGAUAACCCCGUUGGUGCUGAAUAUAUCAUCAUGGAAGAAGCUUCGGGGGCGAAGCUGGAGGAUGUAUGGGAUGAUCUUUCUUUAGAAGACAGAAUCGCCAUCAUGAAAGAUCUGGUUUCGAUCGAGAGCAAGCUUCUUUCGGUAUCUUUCAGCCGGUAUGGGAACCUGUAUUACUCCGGCGAGGCAAUUCCCGGAGCUAUGGGAGCUGAAGUUGUGAAUGAUACAUCUACAGAAAUCAAAAGGGACGUCAAGACGCGGUUCUCCAUCGGCCCAGCUAUUGAAAGGGAUUUUUGGACAAAAGAACGUUCGGUGAUGGAUAUUGAUAGGGGUCCAUGGCACCAUCCACAGGAGUACGUGGUGGCUUUGGCACGCCGUGAACAGGAAUGGAUCAAGCGAUAUGCGAUACCCAAGGCUGCGGACGAUCCGUUCAUAACAUCUGCAGCGCAAAAUUCCCCUGAAGAACAUCUGUCUCUUCUCGAAAAUUAUUUACGGGUUGCCCCUUAUCUAUUACCCACAGAGAACCCGGAACUCGUCGCAUCUACGAUCUGGCAUAGCGAUCUUCAUGCUGGCAACCUCUUCGUAGAAAAAGGCCGUAUCACUGGUGUGAUUGACUGGCAGGAAGCUUGGGCUGGACCUCUAGUACUACAAGGACGCCAUCCACGCCUUGUUGAUUACCAUGGUGAUAUCAUUUUGAAACCACCGCCUAAUUUCAAGGACCUCAAACCGCAUGAGAAGAUCCUGCUGAGAAGACAGAUCGCCAGUUCCAUCAUUGUUUAUCUUUAUGAACGGCAAACAGCCAAAGUCAACCCUAGAUUAAACAAAGUAUUGCGUCUAAAGCUUGGGCGAGUAAGGUGUGAGCCUAUAUGUUUCAUCAGCAACACCUGGGACGGGGAUAUAUUGCCAUUGCGCGAAUCACUGAUAAAAGUGGAGAGGUAUUGGGAUGAGCUAGGCUUCAACUUUGCAUGUCCAAUUCACUUCACACAAGACGAGCUGCAGAGACACGUAGAGGAUGGAGAAGGAUGGAACGAAGUCCAAGACUUCUGGAGGGAUAUUGAGGGAAUCGUCACGCGUGAUGGAUGGACUCCGCACGGUACAUAUGAUGAAGCUGCGGCUCUUUUCUCCGAACUAAGAGAAAUUGGGCUGAGGAAGCUCAUAGGCAAGGAGAGGAGGGACUUUGAUGCACAGACGCGGUGUUUGCGGAGCUGGAAAGAUGAUAUUCAUGGCUCAGAUCCCAAAUGA